GUCAGGUGAGCGGCGCCCGAGUCCCGGGGGGGGAACCGGGUCCGGGACCGGGCCCGGGCCUGGGACGGGGGGAACCGGAACGGGGCCCGGGCCCCGCCGGUCACCCGCCGUGUCCCCCCAGAGACCGAGCGGCUGCUGGGCCGCGGGCCCGGCUAUGGAACCGCGGAGCCUCCGGGGGUGGCGGAGGAAGAGGAACUGCGCCGCCGCCUCAAGUACUUCUUCAUGAGCCCCUGCGACAAGUACCGGGCCCGGGGCCGGCGGCCCGUGAAGCUGGGGCUGCAGCUGGCCAAGAUCCUGCUCGUCACCGUGCAGCUCAUCCUGUUUGGGCUCAGCAACCAGAUGGUGGUGACCUUCAAGGAGGAGAACACCAUCGCCUUCAAGCACCUCUUCCUGAAGGACUACGUGGACGGUGCUGAGGACUCCUAUGCCGUCUACACCCAACACGACCUCUACGAGCGCAUGUUCUAUGCUGUGGAGAAGUACUUGGCCAUUCCCAACGAGACCAUCGGGCGCUAUGCCUACGUGCAAGGGGAGAGCGGGGGCAACCGCUCGGCCCUCAUGUUGUGUCAGCAGUACUACAGGAAGGGACGCAUCGACCCGGCCAAUGACACCUUCAACAUCGACCCCAAGAUUGUCACAGGUGGCUUUUGGGGAGAUUAAGGCUGGAAUGGCUCAUCCCCGAGACUGCUUGGGAGUGGACCCUGACGACCCACAGCCUCUUCCUCCAGAGCUGGACCACAGCUACAAGAACUUCACCCUCAAGUUCCACAAGCUCAUCAAUGUCACCAUCCAGUUCAAGCUGAAAGCCAUCAACAUCCAAACCAUCAUCAACAACGAGAUCCCCGACUGCUACACCUUCACCAUCACCAUCACAUUUGACAACAAGGCCCACAGUGGCCGGGUGAAAAUCCACUUGGACAACCGGGCUGACAUCAAGGAGUGCAAAGAUCCCAGCGUCUUCGGCCGAGGUGACAACUCCUUUAGGCUGUUCUUCGAUGUCAUCGUCAUCCUCGUCUGCUCCUUGUCCUUCAUCCUCUGCGCUCGCUCCAUCAUCCGGGGCCUGAUGCUCCAGCACGAGUUCAGCAGGUUCUUCCAGCGCCGGUACAACCAGAGCGUGUGCCUGUCGGACAGGAUGGAGUUCCUCAACGGCUGGUACAUCCUCCUGGUCAUCAGUGAUGUCCUCACCGUGCUGGGGACCAUCAUGAAGAUCGGCAUCGAGUCCAAGAACUUCGCCAGCUACGAUGUCUGCAGCAUCCUGCUGGGCACCUCCACGCUGCUCGUGUGGGUCGGGGUCAUCCGGUACCUCACCUUCUUCCAGAAGUACAACAUCCUCAUUGUCACGCUGAGGGUGGCUCUUCCCAACGUCAUCAGGUUCUGCUGCUGCGUGGCCGUCAUCUACCUGGGCUACUGCUUCUGCGGGUGGAUCGUGCUGGGUCCCUACCACGUCAAGUUCCGGUCCCUUUCCAUGGUGUCCGAGUGCCUCUUCUCCCUCCUCAAUGGAGACGACAUGUUUGUGACCUUCGCCGAGAUGCAGCAGAACAGUUACCUGGUGUGGCUCUUCAGCCAGGUCUACCUCUAUACCUUCAUCAGCCUCUUCAUCUACAUGGUCCUCAGCCUCUUCAUCGCCCUCAUCACCGGCUCCUACGAGACCAUCAAGCACCAGUGUGAGGGGGAGCCCCCCGUGUCCCAGCUCCACACCUACAUCGCCCAGUGCAAGGACAGCCCCAAGUCGGGCAAGUACCGUCGUGACAGCACCUCCUCCUGCUCCAUCUUCUGCUGCUGCGAGCGGGCUCCUCUGCAAGACAACGCGCUGCUGGUGAACUGAGGCAGGACCCCUUGGGGACACCAUGGGGACAGCUUGGGGACACCCUGGGGACAACGUCCCUUUGUCCCCCUCUGCUUUUAAGUUCUUUUAUAGCUGCUUUUAACACCCCAAAGAGGGGACAGAGGCGGGGGGACACGGAAUGGAUGCUGGUGGCCCCGAUAUUCCUGAUGGAUUUGGAGCUGCUCCCAAGCCUGGGUGCUGGGCAGCCCCAUAGAGGCUCAAUGUGGGGCCCGGGACCUUUUGGAGAUGGGUUUGGGAGCUUUGGAACUCCUUGGAAGAGCUUUUGGGAGCAACUUGGAGCCUUGGAACUCCUUUGGAAGAGCUUUUGGGAGCAAUCUGGAGCAUUGGAACUCCUUUGGAAAAGCUUUUCGAGCAGCCUGGAGCCUUGGAACUCCUUUGGAAGAGCUUUUGGGGGCAACUUGGAGCCUUGGAACUCCUUGGAAGAGCUUUUGGAGGCAACCUGGAGCCUUGGAACUCCUUGGAAGAGCUUUUGGGAGCAACCUGGAGCCUUGGAACUCCUUGGAAGAGCUUUUGGGGGCAACCUGGAGCCUUGGAACUCCUUGGAAGAGCUUUUGGAGGCAACCUGGAGCCUUGGAACUCCUUUGGAAGAGCUUUUGGAGGCAACCUGGAGCCUUGGAACUCCUUGGAAGAGCUUUUGGAGGCAACCUGGAGCCUUGGAACUCCUUUGGAAGAGCUUUGGGGGGAAACCUGGAGCCUUGGAACUCCUUUGGAAGAGCUUUUGGGAGCAACCUGGAGCUCUGUGACCCUUUGAUUGGGUCCCAAAGGCCUCUUUCAUCCAUGGACUGAGUUGUGGCCGGGCUCAGCCUGGACUUUGCCGGCUGUCCCAGGGGCAGGAGGAGUCGUGCCCCAUGGGGGGGUCCCAAUGGGUGCCCCUGUGGUGGGUGAAUAAAGCGCCCUGGGAGAUGA